UUCAUAUCAUGCCCCCCCAUUAUUCCCAUACCGCUUUCCGCGGCUCCACUGCAUGUGACAUUUACGUAAUGUAUCCUACAUAUCAACAAGUUGGUCCAAGAUCCGUAUUUGGCGAAAGCCCCCGGGUGACUCAACUUCACCUCUCAACCCCGUUGUUUAUUCUCGUGAUUCCAACUUCCUUCCUCCUAGUAUCCCAAAAGGCAUCCGAGGCCCUGUGAUUGAGGGUCUGCCAUCGACCAUCUCACUCGCCAUGUCCCAAAGCGUCACGAUCGAGCUGGUAUCCCCGGCCCCCGCCUUUUCAGGCAAUGCUUGCACGCUUGUAGGAGAGCACGGUCCGGCGCUGGAAGCGGCCCACGAACCUUUCUUUCGACGGACGAGCCGACCGCCAGCCGAAGGUGGCAUCGAAGAACCAGACGACACUGCCGGGACCGAGGUGACGCAGCGAUGGAACCAAUCUUGGACGCACAUUGCACGUGUCUUCUCGACCUUUUGGUGCUUCUUUCUGAUUGGGGCCAAUGAUGCUGCAUAUGGAGCCCUUUUGCCAUCUCUCGAAUCAUACUACGGGCUGGACUUCGUGGUCAUCUCCUUGGUGUUCCUGUCCCCGUUCGCCGGGUAUGUUGUCUCGGCGAUGUCCAACAAUGUCCUCCACCAAAAGAUAGGGCAGCGCGGCAUCGCGAUGGUCUCUGCAGCCUGCCACAUGGCAGCCUACAUUAUUAUGGCGGCUCAUCCGCCGUACGUGGUAUUGGUCAUCGCGUUUAUCAUCGCUGGUUUCGGAAAUGGCGUUGGGGACUCGGCGUGGAACGCAUGGAUCGGAAGCCUGGCCAACUCGAACGAGCUGCUGGGCUUUAUGCAUGCUUGCUACGGAGUGGGCGGCACGCUUAGUCCUCUGGUAGCGACUCUCAUCGUCGAGAAGUAUCACCUGGGGUGGUACACGUUCUACUAUUUCAUGAUCGGAGCCGCGGCUAUUGAGCUGGUCUCUCUGACAUGGUCGUUCUGGAGCGCGACCGGCAAGGCCUACCGACAGAAACACCGCAUCGCCGAGACUGGCCAGAAGGCCGGGCUGGUGGAGGCACUCUGGCACUCAUCGGGCGCUCGAGUCUCGUGGAUAUGUGCGAUCUUCUUGCUGGCAUACAUCGGCGUGGAAGUUUCGCUGGGAGGAUGGAUUGUCACCUUCAUGAUUCAGGUGCGACAGGGAGGUGAAUUUGCCAGUGGUAUGACGGCUACAGGCUUCUGGUUAGGCAUCACGCUUGGACGAAUCAUCCUCGGCUUUGUUACGCCACGGGUGGGAGUCAACCUGGCUAUAGCGGUUUAUCUCGCCCUGACCAUCGGCCUCGAGUUCCUCUUUUGGUUCGUCCCGCAGUUCUAUGUUUCGGCCGUUGCCGUCGCGCUGCAAGGAUUCUUUCUCGGGCCCCUCUUCCCCGGCGUCGUCGUCGUAGCAAGCAAGCUCCUCCCGAAGCACUUGCACGUCACAGUUAUUGGCUUUGCCUCGGCAUUCGGCGGAUGCGGUGCGGCGCUGCUUCCGUUCGCAGUCGGUGUGUUGGCACAAGCGGCCGGCGUCAUGGUCCUUCAGCCGAUUAUUCUGGCCUUGCUGGUAGUGAUGCUCGGGCUGUGGCUGUUCUUGCCAAAGGUCGAUAACAAGAGAGACUAAGUGCGCGUUUAUUCGAUGAACGUGUCAGGCUCUUCUGGGGGCUGGUGGUCUAGAUGUCGGAUGGUUUGGGACUCUGCUAAAAGGGCAGGCGGUUUUCAUUCUUAGUACUAGUACUACUUCCACUGGAAUUGCUCAGCACAACCUUAUGACCUUAUGGAGCAUCGACGGUAUGCUGGUCACCCUCCUCCGCACCCCCGGAAUAGGGGGGGUCUUCCGUAUAGACAUCAUACUUAUACCUGCUUCCGAUGUGAUCUGCCCUCAACCCCUUCUGCC